AUGAGAGAAGUUUUGAUCUCGAAUCUUCUUCUUUUACUACACGUCAAAAGCCUGCGUAUAAGUAAGUACAUAUGGUUAUCCCAACUUGUGUACAUAUAUCUAUGCAUGAAUGCUUCGUCAUGUUCUGAUAUUGUUAGAGACCAAGUUGGCCACUUUUACGACAUACUGUUUUUCGUGUUUCCGACUUUUUAUGCCAACCUUGAUUUUUGCCAAAACCUAUUUUCGAAGAAUUGGGAGAAGGAUAUAAACUUAAAGUACAUAAAAAAUAAUGCCAUAUUCAUACGAAUGCUCUCUCAGCAGCCCAGCGAUUCUAAAGUUGCACUGAGGGGAAGCAUCGAAAAGAUUUUUAGUCCCAAGAUUUCCAAAUUGGCAGAGUCUCAAAAACUAAAAGCUGUUAUAUGCGAUCACGUCGACAGGUUAGAUGAAAAGAAUCCGGUUCUCAUGUCGCUGAAGGCCAAUGAUAUAUAUAAAUUUAUCAAAUGCUAUCUGUUGGGAAGAACAUGA